CUCACCCGCAAAGGCUUAGUGGUAGGAUUCGCGUCUCUUGGACUGCUUCGACAGCUGUGUGUGGCACGCGUCUGCAAGAAGGAGAGAAGAGAAAGACGGGAGAGAAAGAGUGUCGAUAGAAAGGAGCCUCCUUCCCAGUUCUUAUGGUUUUUAAUGGCCUCCAUGUCAGGGCUGUCCAUGUGAGAAGAGAAUUUUAGAAGAAAAGAGAAGGCACUUGGGGAAGGGAAGAGUUUUACACAGAGUACGGCCACAGGCAAACAAGUUGGCAUGGAUGAAAGACUGGAACACAUUAAGCAAGAGGACUGUGAGUGGAACACACCAGAGAAUUUGUGCUUGAAGCUGGAAGAUUGUGAGGGAGGAAUUUCAAGUUUUAAAGAGGAGGAGUCUGAGGGGGAACUGGUUCAGGUUAAAGUUGAGGAUUUAGAACACUUCUCAGUUAGGUCUGAAGUGCAAAACCAUGAAACUGGGCACAUCUUCAAGCAAGAUUUUUCUGAAGACUCGCACUCCAGUUUACCUCCAUGGUUCAGUAACUCAGGACAACUACCCACCCAGCCCAGUUCUAUGGAGAUUAAAUCUGAGUUGUUUGAGCUUGAGGAAAAAGUCAGUAAAGGAACUGUGAAAAAAGUAGAAGAGCAACAGCCACCUCGGAGUGCUGGAAUAAAUUUCCAGGAGAAUGGCAUUGUCUUUCCUGAACAGAAUCAGAGCAAUUGGAAUAUAAAUAAAUCAACAAAAGGAUCAGAGAAUUUCACAACAGCCACUUUGCAGUGCGGUUCUCUUUCUGUUGUGAAUCAAGUACAGACAGAAGCCUUUGGCACUGACCAACGAGAAGUUCAUAACACAAGUCAAGAGGUUUUGUGUGCUGGCCGAGAGUGUGGAAAAACAUUCAAAAACAAAUCUGAUUGUAAAGACCACAAAACGAAUCUCACAAGAGUGAAAUCACAUUGUUGUUCUGAAUGUGGCAAAAGAUUCUCCCACAGUAGCUCCCUUCAUAAACACAGGCGAAUUCACACUGGAGAGAAGCCAUAUUGCUGCUCUGAAUGUGGCAAACGAUUCUAUGAGAGUGGCUCUCUUCAGAAGCACAAACGAAUCCAUACAGGAGAGAAGCCCUAUUGUUGUUCUGAAUGUGGCAAAAGAUUCCUCUGUAGUGGCAGUCUAUACAACCACAUAAGCAUUCACAAAGGACUGAAGCCAUAUUGCUGUUCUGAUUGUGGCAAAAGAUUCCCUUACAGUAGCCAUCUUCAGAGACAUGCAAGAAUUCAUACUGGAGAAAAGCCAUUUUCUUGCCCUGAAUGUGGCAAACGAUUCUCAGACAGCAGCUCUGUUCAGAAGCACACACGAUUUCAUACUGGAGAGAAGCCCUAUCAUUGUUCUGAAUGUGGCAAAAGAUUUCCUUAUUACGGUAGUCUUUACAACCACCUAAGCGUUCACAAAGGAGAAAAGCCCUAUUGUUGUUCUGAAUGUGGCAAAAGAUUUCCCAACACCAGUAGCCUUCGGCAGCACACACAAAUUCAUACAGGAGAGAAGCGAUAUUGCUGUUCAGAAUGUGGCAAAAGAUUUCACUAUAACUGCAAUCUUCAGAACCAUGCAAGAAUUCACACAGGAGAGAAGCCUAAUUGUUGUUCUGAAUGUGGGAAAAGAUUCUUCAGUAAAAGCGGCCUUCAUAAUCAUUCAAAAAUUCACAGUGGGGGAAACCCAGUUGCUGUUUUAAAUGUGGUAAAGGAUUCUCCCUUUUAAAUAAUUACCAUAGUGGAGAGAAGCCUUAUUGGUGUUGUGAGUGUGAUAAAUGAUUCCUAAACAGCCAUCUGCUUCAUAAGUAUAUAAUGAUUCAUACUAUUGAGAAGCCUUUUAACUGUUCUUAAAGUGGCAAGCGAUUCUUAGACUGCAGGAAUGUAAAUGACCACAAGACAAUUCACAAUAUGAACUUCAUACAAACUACUUAAGGAAACACUAAUAGAGACAAUGCAAGUACUACGAUGAGCCCUGGCAGCCAAUCUAACAGAAUAGCGUUAAUGAAAAGUCAUUUUAUGACAUAAGCAAAUGGUUUCCUCCCACACUGAAAGUAAGCAAUCCAAGCCAUUUUGAGAAUUGAACCCUGAGAAAAAAGCUGAAGCUGUAAGCUGGAGGUUGUAACAGCCAGUCCAAAAAAGUGAAUGUUAAAGGCACAUACUGUACGUUUGUGCUCAAGUAGAAUUAAUUGUCUACAGCUACGUAGAUUGUAGAAGACCUCUGUUUCCUCCCCUGUAAGAUAGCAUGUUAAUGAACCUUCCCAGCACUCGGCCUGUAUGUCUGAUGUAACGGCAGAUGAGCUCAGUGAUACACAAACAUGAACUGUCUGUCAGAUUAGAUGAGAUUGUUUGGAGUGUUCUAGAGGCAAGCGGUUUUCAGACUGAAUGUUGUAUUUAAUGUUCUAAUACUUAUUAUUAACAACAUAAAUACAUCAACUGAAGCACAUAUAACUAAGAUAUAUAAGACUUAAAAUGAAAUGUCUUCAACAAGAAGUUAAUGUGUGUGUGUAAUAUCAAUUUCCUUUUCAUUUUGAUGUUGUGUUUUUGCUUUGAAUAUCACCAAAACUUAAAAGAAAACACUUGGACUUUGGGAUAUGUUUUGUACACGUCGUACUCAAACCUCAGAACCUUCCAGCAGGAUUUUUGUACACCUGAAGAAACGUGACUCCAUUUGCAAGUCAGAAAACGGUCAGGUGAAAUUUCAGAAAGGAAACGGACAAAGCUAAAAGACCUGUGACAGACUAAUAGGCGUGUGAAUAAUUAAGUGCACCCCAUGAAUUUGUUUUAAACUUAUGCUGAUAUAUAAAGGUUUGACUUUCAUUUAAAAAAGAUUAAGGUGAUGUAAUUUCAAUAAUAAUAAUAAUAAUGAA